AUGUCGGCCUGGGCUUCUCUCCCCGCGUUUAUGGGGAAGUAUAACUUCGGUCAAACCAUUGGAAAAGGCUCCUUCAGCCUUGUAAAGAUGGCUCAACACACUGAAACAAGAAAUAAAUACGCAGUAAAAAUCAUUCCAAAAUCAAAUAUGAAUACACCCGCUGAUAUGGAACGAUUCGAAAGAGAAAUUCAAGUUAUUAUUAAAAUGAAUCAUCCCGGUAUUAUCAAAAUCCAUGAUUUUCUUAUUGACGACAAUUUCUUCUAUCUUAUCAUGGACUUUUGCGGUGGUGGAACAUUGCUUUCCCAAAUUAGCGGCAAAGAUAUUAACGAAGAUCGCGCAAAACCUAUUUUCAAACAGAUCCUUGAGACAGUGAGUUAUAUUCAUGAUCAAGGAAUUGCCCACCGUGAUUUGAAAUUAGAAAACGUUUUACUUGAUGAAUUCGGCCACGUAAAAAUUGUUGAUUUUGGAUUUUCUUGUUUUGCUGAAACAGGGCAGAUGUUCCAAACUCCAUGUGGCUCUCCCGCAUACGCUGCCCCUGAAGUUAUUGCAGGCGAGCACUAUGAUGGCAAAAUGGCAGAUAUGUGGUCAAUGGGUGUUAUGCUAUUCGGCUUAAUUACAGGUGAGCUUCCAUGGAAGGGCUCCAAUCAAAUUCAUGUUUUCAAUCAAAUCAAAAAUGCACAGUUCGAAAUUCCUCCUGGCGUUUCUACCUUCGGACAGGACUUAAUCCGUAAGCUUCUUGUACCGGAACCAAAUCUUCGUCUUACAGCUGGUGAAUGCUUAGGCCACCCAUGGUUCGAUGGCGUUCUGGUUUCUUGGGGACAAGGAAAUAAGCUACAGUCCGUACUUUCAAUGAAUACUUUCCAGAAAAUUAUGAGUACAGAUAGAACGGCCCCUGCCCAAAGCCCGAGAAGCCAAUUACAACAGAUGAUGAGCCGUAGACCAGUAACAAGGGUCGCCGGAGCUUCUCUUUGUAGCGGACCACUUUCAUUUGGCGGAAAGUCCCCCGCACCAAUUCUCGGUAGAACAUCAACACUAAACCCUGCAAUGAAGGGCGCCCAACUAGGUAGAACAAGCCGUACAGGCUCGAUGAUCCCUAAUUCUCCCCCUGAUGAUUUAUAA